AUGCAGAACAUCAAUUCAGCCUCAUUCCAGCCGACUGCCACGUUUGGUGCAACCAUGAAUGGUGCCACCACCUUCGGCUGCAGUAACGCCCCUGUUGCCCACCCUGACGUUACUCGGUUCAGGGCACAGAACGAUCGCUUCAAUGAUGCUUGGCGGUUCGACUCAAUGCCUAAGUGCCUUGGAAAAAUCCGGGUUACGGUUGAAAGUCUCAUCAAAUAUUUCUAG